UUUUCCUUGUUGUGUUUCUGUUACUCAUCGCCAUCUUGUUGCAAACCCUUUUCUUGUCUGCAAGACUCGCCGGGGAUUGGGCUGGGGGGGUGCUUUGCAGGGGCAUUUUUGCACGGGGGGACAGACCAGGCGAAGGAACCCCCUCUAUCCGAGCCUCCGGGAUUGUGGCCCCUCCACCGCAAGGCAGCCCGAGAGAUGAGCAUUGAGACGCUGUUGGAAGCAGCCAGGUUUCUGGAAUGGCAAGCCCAGCAACAACAGAAGACACGUGAAGAAAACGAAAAGCAUGAAAAGCUCCGUCUAGAAAGAGAGGAGGAGCAAAAGGCCAGCGUCCCAAGGGUUAACCAUGCCAUUCACGCCGAGGAGCUGCGCAACGAAAUCCCGGCAGUGCCCAUUUCUCCCCCUGCACCAGCGCCACCUCCUCCCCCACCUCCACCGCUAGCUGCUCCUAUAUCCGUCAUUCCCAUCCCUGUCGUCACAAGCCCCCCACAGCAAGCAGCCCAGACCACCCUGUCCCCUCCGCUCAUACGCCACCAACCCCUUGUAAGCACUCCCAGUGUCAGCAAGGAAGCGUCUUCAGUUGCACCUGUUAUACAGAGACCGUCUGGCCCGUUGCUUCCUGACGUCAAAGCUGCUACACCCCCUUCUGGGAGCCCCAAGCAGUUACCGCAGUAUGCAGCGCCAGUACUGGCCAUCUCUCAACACCACAUGGUGCAGCAGCCCAUCCAGCCCCAGCCUCAGCCGCAUCAACCUCUGCAGCAGCAUCAGGCACCAACCUCACAGCUCAACACUCUUAAGCUGGCUCCAGCAGAAGAGGCCAAACCAAAUGAGCAGAAGAAGCGACCUGGAGGGGUUGGGACCAGGGAAGUGCAUAAUAAAUUGGAGAAGAACAGACGUGCACAUUUGAAAGAAUGCUUUGAGACAUUAAAACGCAACAUCCCCAACGUAGACGACAAGAAGACCUCAAACCUCAGCGUUCUAAGGAGUGCCUUGCGAUACAUCCAGACUUUAAAGAGAAAGGAGAAGGAAUAUGAACAUGAGAUGGAGCGGCUGGCAAGAGAAAAGAUUGCUACCCAGCAGCGACUGGCAGAACUGAAGAACGAGUUGAGCCAAUGGAUGGACAUCUUGGAAAUCGAUAGAAUUAUUCGGCAGACAGUUCAGCCAGAGGAUGACCAGGCAUCUACCUCGACUGCAUCAGAAGGUGAAGACAACAUUGAUGAAGACAUGGAAGAUGACAGGCCAGUGAACUCAUUACCAAAACUAACCCAGCGCCAGCACCCCGAGCUCCUGAAAGCCGUCCCUUCAAAUGCUGCUUCACAUCACCCAGCGGUUUUGCCUCAGCACCUGUCUAUACAGCAGAAACAAACCCCACCCCAUGCGCAACCUCCCAUCCAGACCCAGGCACUGGUCCAGCCGCAGGCGAUUGUCCCUGCACAGACUCACAUCGUGGCGGCCUCAACAGUGCAAUCGACUGUUAUCGCCCACACGGCCACCACCCAUGCUUCAGUCAUACAGACUGUCAACCAUGUGAUUCAGGGUCCACAGACCAAGCACAUUGCUCACAUUGCACCUUCCACGUCCAGCCCUGUACAACUUACCACUGCUGCUCAGCCUAUUGGCCACAUCACUGUGCACCCGGCUACCAUAAAUCACAUGACCCACCUUGGCCAGCAGUUACCCAUAUAUCCUCAACCCGUGGCUGUCAGCCAACCGGUUGUGAGUCAUAUCGCUCACACUAUUUCUCACCAGCAAGUAAAUGGAACCACAAACCUAGGCCAGCAAGCGGUGAUGACCAAGCCUGCUGUAGGAACCCAAGUUGUCCACCAUCAACAGUUAGUUGGGCAAACAGUCCUAAACCCGGUAACUAUGGUCACCAUGCCGUCAUUCCCAGUGAGCACACUGAAGCUGGCCUAGAGCAGGAAGCCCUUUGGUAAAAGUCUUUGGCGGGCAGCCUGUCCCGAAACUCCAUACAUUCCAACCACGUCUGAUUCCAAGGAAGAGAAGUGCAGAAACUCUGUGAAAACAGGAAGAGAAACACACAUGAGGUUGGGAGUGUCACGUCCAUCUUUAACCCUUCAGUAUCCAACCUGGCAGUGGUAAUGAAAAACAGGGCUUCUCUGCACUUGAAUUUUGCUAAUCAGAGAAAACUUUAAUGACAGUUGUUCAUGGUGAUUUUUUUUUCCUUUUAUGUGUAAUCAGUGAAAUAUGAAUAUGAUGUUCUUAAGACUUUAAUUUUCCCCUUACAUGUGUUGCUUCUUUGUAGAAUAAAAAAAAAAAAUGCUGAUCUCAUUACUAAGACACUGCGUAGAAUGAUAAAAAAGUAAUAGAAGUCUAUAUUUAUAUGUAUGUAUGUAUAUAUAUGUACCUGCUCAUAGCUACAUAUAUGUGUAUAUACAUAUAUAUAUAUAUAUAUAUAUAUAUAUAUAUAUGAAAAAAUAUAACAUUGAAGAAGGCUUAUGGUAAGGAUGAUUGUUUGCUGGAUUAUUAGACGACUUCAAAUUCAUUUUUGGAGGAAGAAGGCAGAGUGUCCUCUUUAAACAAGGAACGUUAAAGACAGAUGGUUUGGUGGACCAGGGUACAAAUAAAUGAUACUAACAAAUAUAGUAAACAAUGUUAAAGGUAUUUCCCUUCAGCAUAUUACAUUUCAAAAAACCAUCUAAGAUCACUGUGACUUGUUAUGGCAUUUUAAGGAAAUUCUCUGUCCUGUCUAAUAAAAGGAAAAAGAAUACACAACUGGACUUCAUUUGUUGGAAUUUCAUAAAUGACUCGAUUUUAGUUACGUUGAAAUAAGACUUAUCUUUUUUUUUAUUUCAACAGUUUAAAAUAUGUAUUGUUUCAAUUUUUUUUUCUGCUAACGCAAUAAUUGAUUUUGCAGAACUCUCUCUGCACAGCUCUAUUUCAGGAUUCCUCACACCAGUUCCAUUUCCUAAAAGCAUUUUGACGGAGGCAGUGAUUUCAAGCUCGCAGCUUUGCAAUAUAGCUCACUGGUCUGGUGGAAUGGAACCUGGGACAGGGAAGCUGAUGGAAAAUAAGUUGAUUUUUUUUUUUUCCUUCUUGAACUGACUACGUUUUAGUGCAGGAUAGCGAACGGAUUAGAAAAGGGAUAAAUGCGCACGUGGAAUGCUCCGAAGCUCGAGUGCUUUUGAGAGCUUUUUCUUUAAAAAAAAAGAAAAAAAAGAAAUGAAAUUUAGUUUUGUAUAGGAUAACAGUAUAUUCCAUUAAAUCAGUAUGUAUAACCUCACAGUGUGUCUUUACACAAUACAGUGAAACCUGCACUAAAGAGCAACCCUCUCUUAUCUUAAGUCACCAUCUUCUGUUCCAUC